AUGGAGAGGCUCAGAAAGGGAGUAAUCAAAACCCUCGAAAUAGGCGAGAGCACGCCAAAGAAGACCCCAAAAAAGGAAGCCGCGUACAAAUGGAGAGACUUUGUAAUUAUUUGGCUUCUUUCUUUUCUUGUGAGAGUCUACCGGAUAGAAAAGGGGGGGUUUGUCAUGUGGGAUGAAGCACACUUUGGAAAGUUUGCAGGACACUACCUCAGCAGAGAGUUUUUCUUUGACGUGCAUCCUCCCCUGGGGAAGCUGCUCACUGCACUCAGCGGGUGGCUGGUGGGCAUGGCCAGCGACUUCUCUUUUAACAGCGAAAGCGCGUAUCCCUCGGGGGUGGACUUUGUGGGAAUGCGCAUAUUCCACGCGCUGUUUGGCGCAUUUAUUCCUGUGUGCGGAUACUUUGCAGCCAGAACCAUGCGCAUAAACAGAAAUGCUGCUUUCUGCGCUGGUAUUUGGAUGGCGUUUGACAAUGCGUUUGUGGCUGUGUCCAGGCUGAUACUUUUAGACCCUUUUUUGGUGCUUUUCAUAGGCGCUGCAGAGGCAUUCCUGUGCCGAGUUGUGAUGGACAGACGGCGGGUGGAGACGAUUAGCGGGGACUUAAUAGGGCUGGGCAUAUCAAUAGGCCUGGCUAUGAGCGUAAAGUGGGUGGGCCUGCUUACUGUGGCGCAUGUGGGGAUAUACGCUGUUUACAUGCUCCUGGUAGACGUGAGAAACCGCGACCGGAGAGUCUUUGGGCUGUUCUACAGACUUUCCGUCACGCUUAUACUCAUUCCCGUGCUGAUUUACAUGGCGUCGUUUUGGGUGCAUUUCCAGGUUCUGAACAAGUCAGGGCCCGGAGACGGAGAAAUGAGCAGCCGCUUCCAGAUACACCUGGAGAAUAGCGAAGUCCUGGGGAACGACCCGGUUUUAAGCUAUGGGAAUAAGAUCACUAUUCGGUCCGGAGUGCAUGGAGCAGGGAUUUUGCACUCGCACGCCGACAGAUAUCCAACCGGCGGGCAGCAAGUCACCACGUACCCGCACAAGGACGGAAACAACCAUUGGAGAGUUCUGAAAGUGGGAGACAAUCCAACUAAAGUUCGCCCCAUGGAAAACCUCGUGCUCUACCACACGGAAACAAACGGAUACCUGGCAGUUGACGACCCCAGCAAAAAGACGCACUUAGACCCGGCGGAUGGCCAAACAGAAGAGUACAGCAUCGCGGAGGGCGCUUGCAAAGUGCUCUGCAUGACCCAGGAGGAGAUGGACAACCAAAUACUCUCCAACACGGUGUUCCAGCUAGAGCCCUUGAAAGACUCUGCGAUACACCCGCUGAAAACGCACUUCUACAUCAGAAACACGCAGUAUAACUGCUACCUGGCACACACGGGAAAGAAGCUGCCCAAGUGGGGCCACCAGCAGGGAGAGGUUGUCUGUCUUCCCGAAAAGACACACCAGUCCAUAUGGAACAUAGAGCUAAACAAGUCGGAAGAAAGCGACAACACCUUGCAAAGUGCGCUCCCUCUACGGCCCUCGGACUUCCUGCACAGCGUUCUAGAGCUCAAUGCAGCUAUGCAUUCGGUUAAUAACGGCCUCGUGGACGACGGAAAUGACGUUUUAGGCUCGGUCCCCGUGCAGUGGAUAUUCCCCAAGAAGUGGCUGCGGUUCAACAGGUGGGACGGAAGCGUGCCCAGAUUUGCGAUGGUGGGGAACGUGUGCACCUGGUACCUCGGAAGCGCAAACAUUCUUUUCCUUGUGGGAAGUUUCCUGCUGGGGCUAAGCAAGAAAAGGCCCUGCAAAAAUGCGUACAUGCACCCGAAAACAGGAAGAAUGUACAUUGUUCUCGGCGGGUGGCUCUUCCACUAUUUGCCCUUUAUGCUUGUCAAGAGAAUUCUUUACUUGCACCACUACCUGCCCGCACUAUUCAUCAGCAUCCUGGGCGUGUGCAUGGUCUUAGAGAAAAGGCGGACUCUGGUCUACCUAUACACGUGCGCAGUCGUUCUAACGUUUGUGUACUUUUCGCCUAUAACGUACGGGUACAUGGGAGGCAUAGAAAAUAUGCCAGGAUACAGGCUGUUCAAAGACAGCUGGAAUGUGUAUGCAGAAUAG